AUGGGUGAUGUCAAGAGAAGAAACAAAAAUAUUCUAAAAAGUGAAGAAACUAUUAAAACUGUUGAAAAUAUCAAAAAGCCUUUUGAGAAAGUGCCACUUAGUAAAGGCUUGCCCCUGAGAAUACUUUCCCGAGUGGUGGUGAUAACUUCCUUGCUCAUAAUAGUUUAUUUUUCUUCAAAAGAAAGUGUCAUAACAUUUGCAAAACAAACAGAGCUCUUACCUGGGAAGGGUUUAAUAGUUGAAUGUUCACCUGAAUAUAUGAAUGAAAUAAUAAAAUAUGAAGGAUGUGCUCCAAAAGAUUGUAAAAGACUUGUUACUGACAAAGUCAUUUCAGAAAGAGAAGCAGAAGAAUUAUUAAAAAUAGCACAGAAAGGCUUAAAGUUUGGAGGUUCAUAUGGUGGAGCUUCCAUAUUAGAUCUGCACAGUGGAGCACUAUCCAAAGGGCAACAUUUUGUAAAUAUUUACAAAAUAAAGGAAAUGCAAAAUUUAUUCACUCAAAAUGAUUUUAAUGUUUUUAGAGUUGUAAAAGAAAAAAUCAAGUUUACCAUUGCUCAUCACUUUGGAGUACAACCCGAUAAAAUCUUCUUAACCCAUCCAACAUUUUUCUCAGAAAUAACACCAAGAAAAGCUGUUACAGUUCAUGAUGAAUAUUGGCAUCCACAUGUUGAUAAAGAAACUUAUAAAUCAUUUCACUAUACAACAUUGCUUUAUCUAGGAGACUAUGGCAUAGACUUUAAAGGAGGCAGAUUUGUCUUUAUAAAUGACAAAUCCAACAGUACAAUAGAACCAAGAAAAGGCAGACUAAGUAUGUUCACAAGUGGUAGAGAAAAUCCACAUUAUGUGGAGAAAGUGACUUCUGGAACAAGAUAUGCAGCAACUAUUUCAUUUACGUGCAAUAAAAUAUUUGCUAUUGAUGAUCCUGGUGUUGAUAAAUAUGAGUUUAAAAGU